AUGGGAACGCUUUUGUACCAUCUAGGUCAAGAUUGGUUGGCAGUGGCACAUACAGAGGCCCCACGCAGACCAACUACAAGAGGCUUGAAGCAUGGGAGGGCAAUUGUAGUGUCUACAUGUGCUGCUGUGGCAUCAAUCGUGACUGGUGUUCUUGCUGGUAUGCUUGCCCUGGGUGAAAGAUUGCCGUCAGCCCCAAUGGCUCGUCUCUCACUUUUGCUUGGAUGCACUUCCCUAGGUUAUGUUGUAUGUGAGGGACAUGAGGGUCUGAGUCUCAGAUUCUACUAUUUUAUGACUCUGAUUCAGAUCAAAGCCUCCAAUUGCAGGUUAUUCAUUAUUAUUGGUGUGAUUCUACUGAGUGACCUUAAGAGGCUAGAGGCUCAAUCAAUGGAGGAAGGAGCUACCCCCAUGAUUGAGGAUAAGAGGUUUGAAGUAGUGCUUGGUCUGGAAAAAUCAGGAUAUAUACGUGGUCGUGGGGCUGGUCCAAAGCCCACAACAUCUACAACUGGACAACGCAUCCGUGUACAACUAGAGAAGGAGAGUGAGGGAUUGAAGAGGCAAGCUGAAACAAAUAGGUUGCGUUGGGAGUUGUUGGAGAAGGAAAACAAUGAUUUGACUUUGCGACUAAUGUCCUUAAAGCCCAAUAUUGAUGUUGAGAUGCAAACACAAGUGCAUGUCGUGCUUCAAACUCAGCUCAUCACAUUUUUUCUGCAAAUGAAGGAGUUGGGGAAAUUCUUACCUCUCUUCAUUGUGAUAGGGUAA